UUACUUCUAUUUUCUUUUCUUUUUUUUCGUAAACGAUGACGACUAUUUCCUUUUUCUCUCUUUGUCUGUCAAUCUCUCUCUUUGUCUUUUUGUCUAUCUAUUUCUUUUUCUCACCUUUAUCUGUAUCAUCAUCGUAACGCGUCGAUCAUCGACUUAACAAACGAAAAGGGUGAUCUUCGAAAGAUCGAUGGAAACCGAUGCGACGAGAACGUUCUUCGUGAUGUCAUCAAUGAAUUUUUAGUGGAUUCUUUCUCUUUCUCUCUCUCUCUCUCUCUCUUUCUCUCUCUUUUUCUUUCUUUCUUAUUGUCUUUAGAAAAAGUCAAGCUUCGAAAGGAGGGUAGUAUAGUGAGCCCUCGAACCACGUGGCUGCGGCUCAAAGUUAGUGCGUUAAAAUAGAGAAUUUGAAUCUUCGUCUCUUCAUGAUAUUUUUUUUAAUGAUACUGCACGGACGAAAGUAUAGGAAUUCGUGACGUGUGAAAAUUUUUCAUGAAAAAGUUACGCUUGUUAUUUAUAUUGUCUAAGAUUUAAUCGACGUUUGGGAGAUGCUCGUCGAUAUUCCGUCGUUCGAUUAUUAAAAACGAUUCUUUUCGCGAAAGAUUCAUGUGAUUAAUGGGUUACAGUGUUUCCAUCCCUACUCCUUUCUCUCCCAUAUCUUUUGGUCGAACACAAUGACACAGCACGAAGCCUCGUCGAACGGGAAUAAUAGAAUCGUCGAUUCGCUUUCUUCUUUCUUUUUUUUUAUUUCCUCAUUUCUCGUAAAUAAAAAGAAAAAAAUAAAAAAAAUGGAGGGUUAAAGGGUGGGCCAUGCCGGUAUAGGAAAAAAAGAAUCUCGUUAAUCUCGCGAAGGAAAAUAUCGUUUCGCAAAGAGUCGCAGUAACGAGGUGCCGUGUAAUCAAUAUCGCGUCGAUAUUCUUUUUUUAGAACAUUUAAGAGGUCGUCGUUCGCAUAACAUGUUUCACUUAUAAUAUAUUUUGCGUCAGCGAAUGAACGAAGAGAAAGAGAGAAAGGGACAUUUGGGAGAAGUGUAAAAAAGGAAAAUAAAAAAAGAAUAAACUUGUCGAUCUCUCGAAGUAUGGGAAAAAAGAUUUAAAUUUUGGCGGGACUCGUAGAUAGGAGAACGCGUUUGCUCGAGAGAGAAUCGAAGGUGCCCGCCGUGUGUGGAGAUUAUUCGAAACUCCUCGGAUAAGAACGCGAGGAACGCGCCGUUACGGGACUUUGUUCGAUGGUGGUAGUGUACUCUUGGUGGUGUGAUGGUGCCGGUUUGCGGUAGAACGCUUAACCGAUGUUGGGAUUGCACGUGUGGGUAACGUGCAGCACAUUACGUAAUUCAAGCCUCACAAACAGGAGCGGUGAGUUACAGUUCAGUCUGGGGGAGUAUCGGAUCGGCAUAGCCAAACCCAGCGCUCUAAUUACAAGCAGCAGUACGAAGAUCCGACUGGUGAUAUUCCAGAAAGAUUUUUAAAUGAAUAAGAUUUGGUGAGGAAAGUUUUGAGAAUGCGUUGAAUCGAGCCACGUCGUUGACGAACUUGGGCUGUGGGAAUGGAUUCGACCUUGUUGCUACUCCUUUUAGUCGCCUCGUGGAGCAGCCUCGGAGUUGUCGUCCUCGGUCAGCAAGGUCCGGAAUUCGUUCUCGAGCCACCAAGCACUUUAGUUUUCUCCAACACAACCGGCUCUCAAUUGAGUUGUUCCGCACAUGGGAGUCCGACGCCACACGUCACGUGGAUAACUAGUCCGGAUCAAAGAUCGGUCUCGGCGGUUCCCGGACUACGGCAACUGUUGGGAAACGGGACGCUUUAUUUCCCGCCGUUUCUAGCGCAGGACUUCCGUGCAGAAGUUCACAACGCAAGAUACAGAUGUCGAGCGACCAGCUCCGUUGGGACGAUACUAUCUCGCGAGGUCACUCUACGUGCAGUACUCACGGUGUCCGGAUAUGACGUAAGAGUAAACAGAUCGCCAGUAGUCGAGGGUUGCAACGCUGUGCUAUCUUGUACGGCACGAGAAGACAUCAAAGAACAUCUUACCGUCACUUCGUGGUUUCGAGACGACGCCAUACUUUUGCCCGGAAGCACGGACACCGGUGGAAGAUUCGUGGUAACGUCGCAAGGCGAUCUUCACAUAAGGGCAGUCAGACCAGAGGACGGCAGAGUCACUUACUCCUGUCUGACCCUUCACGCUUUGACCGGUGAACGAAGAAGAAGCGAAUCUGCCACUUUGACGGUCACCGAACCCACAACAUCCAUAGCACCGAGGUUGAUGCAAAGAUCGCAAAUUGCUAUCUCUGCGGAAAGCGGAUCGGACGUGCAUUUGACCUGUUCUGCCCAAGGAAGCCCACCACCGCAAUUUACCUGGUAUCGCGAUGUUAACGGACAAGCUAUACCAGUGGAGUCGUUCGGUAGAAUUCAACUUUGGGGUGACCUGAUGCAAAUUCGUCGUGUGGACGCUCAGGAUGCCGGAAGGUACAUUUGUCGAGCAAGUAACCAACUAGGCGAACAACGAGCGGAAACGCAUUUGUCGGUCACGUCGAAGUUGAAUGCUAGAAUUCAGCCUCGUCUCCAGGUCGUCAAUUCCGGUGAAACUGCAACGAUGAACUGCACGGUCGAGGGUUAUCCGGUCGAGAGCGUCGAGUGGUUGCACGAUGGUGUAUUGGUAUUGACCGCUCAGGACACGAGAAUCAGAUUGUUGGCUCCCAUGGUGCUCGUGAUAGGAUCCGUUGGCCGUAGAGAUAAAGGGAUGUAUCAAUGUUUGGUGAGGAGCGACAAGGAAAACGCGCAGGCAACCGCGGAAUUGAAACUGGGAGAUACGCUUCCAGAAUUGCAAUACACUUUCAUCGAGCAAGCACUAAGGCCAGGACCACCUGUGUCUUUACGAUGUUCGGCAACUGGUUCGCCACCACCGUCCUUCACGUGGCUACUCGAUGGUGAACCAUUAAGUGAAAUUGCAGCUGGACAUAGAUACGCUAUAGGACAAUAUGUCGAUCAAUCCGGAGACGUUAUCAGUCAUCUAAACAUAUCGUCCGCUGGAACGGAAGACGGUGGACUUUAUGCUUGCGUAGCUUCCAACACAUUGGCAAAAGUGGAACACGAAGCUAGAUUAAACAUAUAUGGACCACCCUAUAUCCGAUCGAUCGGUCCUGUACGUGCUAUAGCUGGUAUGGAUAUGACUAUAACUUGUCCUUAUUCCGGAUACCCAAUCACGACGGUUGAGUGGUCGCGUGGUGGCGUUGAACUACCAUUGGACAUAAGACAUCGCGUGGACAGCGGUGGUCAUUUAACUAUCGGUCACGUUGAUCCAAAUGAUGCUGGUACUUAUACUUGCAAAGUACGAGCUCGAUCGGGAGAAACAGCCAGUAGGGAUAUCCGACUCACCGUGAGCAGUCCACCCGUUAUGAGUCCCUUCAACUUUCCUUCGAACUUGCAAGAAGGUAGUCGAGCUCAAGUCACUUGUAGCGUCAUAUCAGGCGAUCUUCCUAUUUAUUUUUCUUGGUUGAAAGAUGGUGAGCCUUUGCCUUCUUCUCUUCGAAUCGAAGAGAGAGGUGCUGAAUUCUUCAGUCUAUUAGUCUUCAAAGAACUUUCGUCUCGGCAUAGUGGCAAGUAUACUUGCGUAGCAACGAACAACGCGGCCAAGGUCAAUCAUACCGCCGAAUUAUUAGUCAAAGUGCCACCGCAAUGGAUCUUCGAGCCACAAGAUGUAGCAACUCUUCUUGGCAACCAGUUGAACGUUCAUUGCGAGGCCAAAGGCUUCCCACCACCUCUCAUCGCAUGGCUUCGCGCCAGAGGCAGAACUUCCAACGAUUAUCAACCCCUAGUUGAUGGUCUCAAUGGUAGACUAACUAUAUUACCUAAUGGAUCUUUAUGGACAGCGUCUGCGGGACCGCAAGAUGAAGGUCAUUAUCUUUGUCGAGCUAACAACGGUAUUGGGUCUGGAUUAAGCAAAGUGAUUUAUGUUUCUGUACAUGAACCCGCGAGAUUCGAAUUUCAAAGUAAAAACGUGACGAUUCGUCGAGGCGAAUCUGUCACUUUAGAUUGCACGGUAAUUGGUGACAAUCCGAUAGAAGUACAAUGGAUGCAUAAUAGCGAUCGAUUGGAUACGAAUAGUCACAGGCUUAGUAUCAGCCAAAUAAAAACUGACAAUGGUUUGAAAUCUCAAUUAUCUAUCAGUAGUAGCGAUCGACAAGAUUCUGGUGUCUAUAGAUGUACUGCUAAUAAUGCAUAUGGUAGAAGCGAGCAUCUUAUCUAUCUAGCUGUACAAGAGAGACCCGAUCCACCUGCUUCUCUUGAAGUCAUAGAAAUUGGAUCACGAUCUAUAAGAUUGUUAUGGAAAAAGGCUUUUGAUGGGAAUAGUCCUAUAAGAAAUUACGUCAUACAAUAUCGAUCUCUUAGUCAUGGUAUAAACGACGAUUGGAAUCCUGCGAAAACUCACAAUGUUUCUUACUCACCAGGAAAUCCUAACAUUGCAACCAAUGCUAUACAUCCAACGCAAAAUGGCCUGUCACCGUUUGAAACAACGAGCGACGAUCAAGAGGUAGCCCUGGUCGGUGGUCUUCAUCCCGCAGUCACCUAUACUUUUCGAGUAUUCGCAAUAAAUUCUAUCGAUGCUAGUGCUCCUACUGAACCUGUAGUAGCUAAGACUCAAGAAGAAGCACCUACUGAACCUCCACAAAAUAUCAAAGUACAAUCGGCAGGACCUGGAGAGCUUGUAGUUAGCUGGCAACCACCUCCUAAGGAAUCAUGUAAUGGAGACCUUUUGGGCUACAUAGUAACUUGGUCGGAACAUUCAUCCUCGACAUCGGGUGUAAAUCAAAGCAAAAGCCUUACGGUGAAUGGCUGGGCAACCACGAAAGUACAGCUCACUGGUCUGAGAAAAUUUACCAAGUAUGACAUAUCAAUCAGGGCUUUCAAUAGCAUAGCUAGUGGCCCGAGUAGUGCGCCUAUAGUUGGAACUACUCAGGAAGGAGUACCAGAAACACCUCCUACACAAGUCACAUGCGUUGCACUGUCUUCUCAAUCCGUUAAAGUAUCUUGGAACGCACCACCUCCUCAUCAGCAUGGCGGAAUUAUUCAAGGAUAUAAAGUUUAUUACAGACCAGUGCCUACUGAUAACAUGGAUAUUUCAACGGUGGGUGAAGUAAAACGAACAUCAAGCAUAGAAACUUAUCUGCACACCUUGUAUAAAUAUACAAACUACUCUAUCAGAGUCCUGGCAUACACGGGAGCUGGCGAUGGUGUAUUGAGCCAACCAAUUUAUUGUAUGACAGAAGAAGAUGUUCCUGGACCUCCAGCAGGCAUCAAAGCUUUAGCAUUAACUGCAGAAAGUAUACUAGUAUCAUGGUUACCACCUUUACAACCUAAUGGCAAUGUAUCCAAGUACACCGUUUACAGCAGAGAAGCUGGUUCCAGUAAUCACAAUACUCAUACUAUGCAUGAACCUCCAUCAUCACCAACUGAUACUCUUACCAUGGAGUUACGUGGUCUAGUUGAAAGACAGCUAUACGAAUUCUGGGUAUCUGCAACGACUGGCCUUGGAGAAGGGGAAGCAACUACUAUAGUAACGCAAACGACAAAUACCAGAGCACCUGCAAGAGUAGCUUCGUUUUCGCAACUCUUAAGAAGGGCUGUCAAAUCAUCAAUCACGUUAUCUUGUUUGGUUGUUGGCAAUCCUACACCACGCCCAAUUUGGACUUACAGAAAUGGUCAAGUAUCAACUGGCAGGCACUACGAAUAUACGCCUGAUGGUCAUCUCCAUAUAUGUGCGCUAGAACAAUCUGUAGCUGGAAAUUAUUCUUGCUCUGCUAAUAAUCAAUUUGGUGAAGAUUCUAUAACUUACACAUUAGUAGUGGUCAUGCCACCGAGAUCACCAACCUUGGAACUUCAGUAUACAACAACAAAUAGCAUAAGACUUCGAUGGAAUCAUCCUGACAAUGGUGGUGCUACUAUUCAAGGAUAUGUGUUAAGUUACAAGAGAGAUCAAGGUGGUUGGGAAGAAAUAGCAUUAUCUCCGGAACAAACCGAGUUCAUACUAACCGGCUUAAAAUGUGGAUCAUCAUAUCUGGCUCAUCUAACUGCUCAUAAUCGUGUUGGCACUGGAGAUCCAAGUUCAUUGAUAAGUGCAACAACUAAAGGAACUGCUCCCUUGUUACCGAAAGAACGAGAUAUCAUCUCAGCGAAUGGAACUUCCGUAAAACUAAACUUAUUAUCCUGGCCAACCGGAGGAUGUCCAAUUCAAUACUACACUGUUGAAUAUCGUAGACGUAUUAAUACCGAAUUAUGGAUCUUAGUAGCUAGUAGGGCUACCGAAAAUCUUGUAAUAAGAGAUUUAAAAACUGCCUCAUGGUAUAGCUUGCGUUUAACUGCACAUAACGAUGCUGGAUCUACGCAAACUCAAAUGGAAUUUGCGACGACUACGUUAAGUGGAGUAAGUAUUGGACCACCAAAUGAUCUGAUCAUGGAAGACGAUGUAAAGAAGAGUAUACCAAACCACAAAGUACUCUAUGUCGUCGUACCAUUAGUCUGUGCUAUCAUCCUCAUCAUAUCAGCUAUCAUCCUAGGAUAUGUCAUGCUCAAACGUAGCGGCAGGUCCAAUUAUCUGGGGGAGAUUCUGCCUGGUCAACAACAACAGCAACAAACUGGACUUGGUUUGGUGCAACAACAACAACACCAACAACAUCACCAUCUAUCAAGCUGUAUGUCUACGGUGCAACUAAAGUCUACGGCAGAACGAGACAACAGACGUAAUCAUCAAGUAUACACGAGUUCACCGGUUAAACAAGAAAAUCACAAAUCAAAUGAUCAUGGAUCAGAAAUGUAUGAAAUCAGCCCAUACGCAACGUUCAGUGUACCAGGAAGAGAAAAUCGUUCUGUGACAACGGCAACGUUAGAUUAUACGAUGCAAUUUAAAACGUUUGGUCAUCUCGAGAAUGAGGACAUCAAUACUAUCGAUUAUGAAAGAUCCAGCGUAGAUUUUGAAAGGUCCAAAACUCCUAGGUGGCAUAAACAACGAUACUUCCCGAGCAUCGCUGAAGCUGAGAGCAAACUUCGUUCGAGUCGACAAGGUUCCGGUAGUGAUACUUCCGGUAGUCCUUGUGGCGAAUGUGCCGGGCCUAGUUACAGAGUGCCGGUCAAACCUUGUAGAGAUGUAUUUUCACGAGGUGUGGAAUCGAGCACGGAAUCUAACAACGAAGGUUCACCAUCGCUCGCGAGACGACGAAGCCGACAACCGAGCCGGUCCACUCGCAGUUCGGUGGAGGACAUGACGCUGUUGCCGCCAAGCGGGUUCAGCGACAGCCGUGAAUUGAGCGACGUGGAGUGCGAUCGUGACCGUGAUCGUGAUCAUGAGCGUGAGCGUGAUUGGCAGGGCCUGUCCGUCGGGGCCCGCCAUGGCGGCAGCUUGGGUAGACUCCCAAUUGAAGCCGUCGAAACUAUGCUCGCUAGGUACCAACAAAGGAAGGAACAAGAGAGACAGGAGUUCACCAUACACGUAUGAUCCAGAUUCGUUGGCACAACCAAGAAUCUUCGUGGGACGAUGUGAUGAAUCAUCAUCGUUGAAAUUUCAUCAUUCUUUAGGAAAAAAGUAAUUCGUCGGCCGGGUGUCUCUCCGAUUCCCCCUCGGAUGAUAGUAAAAUAUAGUAUAGUUUCGAUGUAAAAGAUGAUACUUUUUAAUUAUCGUUCGUAAAAUUCGAGAGAGUGAGAAAAAAAAAGAAAGAAAGAAAGAAAGAAAGAAAGAAAUAAGGAAAGAAAGAGAGAGAAAGAGAGAGAGAGAGAGAGAGAGAGAGAGAGAAAGAGACAGAGAGAGAAGUAUGACGACGUGCGAAUCAAGUGCAAUUCGACCGUUUAUAUUUGCAACGUGAGAACAAAAGAAAAAAAGAAAGAAAGAAGAAAAAGAGAGAGAGAGAAAGAGAAAGAGAGAAAGAGAGAGAAAUAGAGAUAGAUAAAGAAAAAAAGAAUUUAAAAAAGACGAUCUUCGUAUUACUGCCGUCACGUUGAUACAUUUUUUAAUCUACAUACACCACACACACACACACACACACACACACAUAUUUUACGUAAAUCUCUAUUCGAAAUGAGUAAAAACGCGCGAAUUUAAAAUGCGCGAGUAUACUUAAGACGAGCAAUGCGAUCUGGAAAGUAUCAAGGUGACUUUGAAAAUGAACAGACUGUCUUUUGUUUGUAAUUUACAUUUGCUACUAACGAUUUAAAAGAAAAAAGAAAAAGAGAAAAAAAGAAAAGAAAAAGAAAAAACGGAGAAAAAAAAAUAAAAAAAGGAUAAACAUAAAUAAUAUAUCGUCUAAUAUUUUAUCGCCGUUAUAUACUAUAUAUAUCGCGCGUCGAGAUCAAUUUUCAUUUUCUCGAAUCUAUCCGCACGAGAAUAAUUCUUCCAAAUAUACGCGAGGGUGAGUGGGUGUGUGUAUGUAUGUAUGUAUGUAUGUGUAUACCGAUGAUAUAUUUAUCAUCCUCAUGACGACGAUCGAUCGAUCGAACGCGUCCUGUAGAUGUUAGGAUAUGGCCAGGCCAUCUCUUUAUUGUACAAUUAUAAAUUACGCUAUUACAAUAAUAAUAAUAAUUACAAUAAUAAUAAUAAUAAUAAUAAUAAUAAUAAUAAUAAUAAUAAUAAUAACAAUAAUAAUAAUAAUAAUAAUAAUAAUAAUAAUAUUAAUAAUAAUAAUAAUAAUAAUAAUAAUAAUAAUAAUAAUAAUAAUAAAAUAUCGAUAUAUUCAUAUGUUUGAAUUCUGUAUAGUUUUAUCGCGUUUCUUCGUUUUUACUGCCACAAAAAGACGAAUGUAAAAGAUAUAUCGAUUAUUUAAUAACACAAUACUCGUCAUGGCGUUGAGGCGAAGCUAAUUCGAAAAAUUGAUGAUAAUAAUAUAAUUAUCGAGUUAAGGUAAAGCUAAAGUGUAAAUAAAAAAAGAAAGAAAGAAAAUAAAUAUGAAAAAUUUUCGAACGCAAUAGACACGAAAAAAAGAGAGAGAAAGACAGAGACAAAUAAGAAAAAAAAGCAAGCAAGAAAGACGGUAAUGCACUUGUGAAUUUCUCUUAAUGCGACUUUCACUUUACGAUUUGAAUUUUGUUUCUUAGCAUUCUUCACGAUGAAUGAAUGACUCUCAUAAAUAAAAAAAGAAAAUCUGAAUGCUAAACGAUUAUGUUAAUUUCCGAUUGUGAACUUUGUUAUAAAAAGAAAAGAAACAAACAAAAAAAAUUGAAGCGAGAGAAAGAAAGAAGAAAUGAAACGAAACGAACGAACAAAACGAUCAUGAUCAUGUCAAAAGGUAAUUUGUAGGCGUAUCGAUAGUACUUCUAUCUUUGUAUGUAUGUACAUACAAAACGAAUAGGAUCCUACGAGUCUGUGUGAACUGUCAAGCGUAUACAUAUAUAUAGUGUCUUGAAAAGAAAAAGAAGAAAUUAAAAAAAAAAAAGAAAGAAAAAAAAUAAUAACUCAUAAAACGAAUAUGUGAAAGUUUAUCAAACUGAAAAAUGCCAUUGAAUUUGUAGCGACCGAUAUGGACGAUUUCGAAAGCAUUGCACAACAUUAUGGCCAAUUAAUUAUAUAUAUUUAAUAUACAUAUAUAUAUAUAUAUAUAUAUACACACACUUAUACAUAUAAAUAUUCGGUCCUCCGGUUUAUUGCUGCGACAAAGUGAGACUGAGGCGAACUAAUUACGCUUAUUAGUUCAUUUCUGCCAAAGGAUCCUUCAAAUUUGCUCGUCUGUGAGGAAUUCACAUUCUAUAAUAAUGGAGGCAUGCUCUGUAUUAUUUAUGAUGUAUAUCCUUUGCUUUGCGAAAAAAACAAAGGAAAAAACAACAUAAAAAAGAAAAAGAGAAAGAGAAAGAGUGAGAAAGAGAGAGGGAGAGAGAGAGAGAGAGAGGGAGAGAGAGAGAGAGAAAAGACUCGCAAACGCGCGUAAUAAAUACAAAAUACAAACUGCCAAAAAUAAAAAAAAAUAAAAGAUCAAUCGACAAGACAGGGUGAAUGAUACUUAUCGAAUUAAAAAAUACAUCCUCCUGAAUGUCGAUACUAUACAAAUUUUAUGUUCAUACACGCAGAUUAUAUCUGUACGUAUAUGAAAAUUACAGUUCCUUCGUUUUUUCGAAACUUUUCAUCUAUAAAUAUCUUAGUAUAUCUGUAAGCGUACUAUCAACUGUAUGUGCUCCUAUUUUUAUUUUAUUUAUUUAUUUAUUUAUUUAUUUAUUUAUUUAUUUAUUUAUUUAUUCAUUUAUUUGUAUUAUUACUUUUUUCUUAACGACAAGUCUGAUAAUAUACUCUCGAUAUACUAUACUUUGAGAUAGUUUUAUCGACCAAUUUAUAUAUUAUAUAGAUAUGUACACAAUAUACAGCGAAUAAUAUUCAGUAUAUCGAAAAAUAAGACGAUUUCCUCAUUCGCUCUUCAUCCUCGUCCAAGAUCGCCAAAACAAAGUCGUAUUAAACUUUGAUAUACUUCGAGUAUAAAAGUUUUUUGUUUUCUAAUAUCGACUUCCCUAAACGUAAAACUUUCAUAUCGUAGCGUAUUACAGAGUAUGCCUCUUACGUGUUUUAAAGCGCCAUGUAUGAUAAAUAGAAGUUAAGAAAACAUCGAUUAAAAUAAAAAAUAAAAUAAAAAAAUAAUAAAAAAAAAAGAAAGAAAAUUAAGCUAAGUUUUAUCGAGGGGAACGACGAGAGGAACCACAGACAUCUCUGCAGAUGGUGCUCAAUUAUAAUAAAUGAUUAAUUAUAAGAUACUAUAACGAAAGAAUGUUGUUAUUAUUUUCUAGAAAGUACUUUGUAGAUACGAUUCCAUAUUGACGAUUUCGAUUUCGUACGAAUUCCUUCGAAUUUUAAUAUUUAUCAUGAACGAUAUGCGUAGCGAUGUAAUAUCCUUCAAUUCCUUUUCUUUGUUUCUGUUUUUUCUUUUUUUUUUUUUCUUUUUUUCUCUAAAGCGAAACUGUAAACUUCACAUUUAAUAAAUCCUAUAUGGGUACAUAUACCUGUAUGCGUAUUACGAUCGCGUCUAACGUGAAAACAAAGCAAAAAUAAAAAUAAAAAAAAGAUCUGUGACAUAGCGUAGCUAUGACGGACGAAUAAAAACUAGUUAUACACGAAA